AUGCCUCACGCCGUCACGGCCGUGGCCCCUGGGCUGCAGGCCUUGAUUCUCUGUGGUCCGGGCUCGUCUUUUCCUACAUUCACCACGAAUCCCGAUGAGAACCCCAAGGCUUUGCUGCCCAUAGCAAACAGGCCAAUGGUUUGGUAUCCAUUGAGUUUCUGCUAUAGGGUGGGAAUCACAGACAUCACCCUUAUUUGCCCGCCAACGGCAGAAGAGGCUCUCAACGCCUCUCUCAAGACUAACCCCUUCCUUACCAGCUUACCUCUCCCAACACCCACUCUUCUAGCCCCCAAAGACCUCACAUACAACACGGGAACCGCAGAUAUUCUGCGUCUUCCUGAGGUUCGCGAGGCUGUGACUCAGAACUUCUUUGUCCUUCCCUGCGAUCUAGUAUGUGAGCUCGGUGGCGAUCAGCUGGUCCAAGCAUGGAUGGUCAAGUCGGCCAAGCUCGACGGCAUGUUCACGGAGCAGCAGUCCACUCAUGAGCCGCGCAGCGGUGGUCUCGGCGUGUGGUACGACACUAAAGCAAGCCCUAUCAAGGGCGAGGAGACAGAUUUUGUCAUCACGACUACAAGCCCAGAGCUGCCGGUUACACCACCCAAGGACUCUGUACUGACGCGACUCCAGAACGUGGUGUAUUCAAUGCCCAAAGAUACGCUCAACGACAUAACGGAUGACAACGAAGGCUUCCCCAUACGCCACGGGUUGCUUCGUGCUCACUCCAGGAUACGGAUGGUAUCAAGUCAUCGGGAUGCGCACAUCUACAUUUUCCCACGUUGGGCGAUGGAUCUUGUCAAGGAAAACCCUCACAUGGAGAGCAUUGCCGAAGAUGUUGUCGGUUGGUGGGCCAAAGCCACCUGGCAGAACGGACUUGGAGCCAAGCUGGGCUUGGACCGUAUUUUGGGCACGUCCAGCGACGAGCAAUCAUCCGAGACGUCCCAGACUAGCAGCCCACCGUCUCCUACCAAGGCCGACAGACCUACACUACCGAAGAGGCUUUCUUCUGUCCCAGAAAAGUUCCAAGUUCCUCAUAUUACGGCGUAUAUUCACCCGUCCGGCCCAACAGACCCGUUGAUUCGCCGUGUGGACACAGCACAAGCACUCCUUUCGGUCUCACUCCAGCUCGCUAAACUCCCUUCACUGGAGGAGACGGGCGUCGCAGCGGCAACAUCCCCCUUUGCGCAUUCCCGCAAGGUUGCGUAUCCGGAAGGCGUACGACCCCGAACGACCAUCACUCGGCCCGACAGCCUGGUGGCUGACAAUGUCAUUGUCGAGGAAAAGGUGUCAAUCAAGGAGUCCGUCAUUGGCGCCAACUGCAAAAUCGAGGAGGGCGCGAAACUGCAGGGCUGCCUGCUGAUGGACGGUGUCGUCGUGGGGAAGGGCUGCAGGCUUGUAAGGUGUAUUCUCGGAAAGCGCAGCCAGAUUGGAGAGGGCUCCACUUUGAUGGAAUGCGAAGUGCAAGAGAACCUAUUGGUUGAACCCAAGAGUGAGCUUGAUUUCUCCCUUCCCGCCUUUUUCCCAUUUCCCGCCGAAGAGAAAAACACCAAAAUCAUGAGUUCAUCUGGUCUCGAAGCUACCGAGGAGGAAAUGCAGGAGGUCCUCGAGGCGAUGUCGGACGUCGAGAUUGGCGACGAGGCACAAUAG